GAACACCAAGGAGACAGAGCUGAUACGGAUCAUUGCUUGUUUGAAGAGUAGAGAACGUUUCCAGUGUGCCCUCCCCAAACCUCAAUACCGUUCUCGAGCGACAAUCCACAUAACGGACGACUAUGUCCACCUCCACCGACACCUUCUACUUCUCUCUCGCCCGCAUCUCCGCCCUCCAAAUCCUUCGCGCCUCAGGCAUCGACCGCGCACGACCUAGCGUAAUCGACUCCUUCACAGAUAUCCUGGUCCGAUAUUUGCUGUUACUAGCUACAUCGGCUCGGGAUAACGCCAUUCUCGCAGGCAGGGAGGGAGCGGAUGUACUGGAUGUACGGACGGCGAUGGGGGAGUGUGGUGUCCUGGUCGCGCGGUGUGAGGCGCCAAGUCGACCGUCACCAUUACCAGUACCGGGAAUAGAAGGAAUGGAUCUGGAAUUAGAGGAUGAGGAGGAUGAGGAGGAUGAAGAUUUGAGAGUGGUGGAGGAGUUCGUGGAAUGGUGCCGGGGCCCACAAGCCGCCGAAAUCCGCAAAGUCGCAGGCAUGGACGAACACACACCACCAAAUACCGCACCCAGCACCGCAGAUCCAGAUAACCCCGCACCACAAGACCCGGGACAAACAGACUGGCUAACGGGUCUCGUACGGAAACAAAUCCGGGCAGGCGCAGAAGACCGGUUUCGAGGGUCAGUGCUGGAACAGAUUCUACAAUCCAUGGAGCCACUAGAAGGUGAGGUACCGGUGGAUAGUGUGAAGGAUGAAGAGGGAAGGGAGGGACGGAUAAGGGAGCCGCAGGUGCCGGAGAUACCGGGGGGUAUGGCGUUGGUGUCGGAGGAGGGUAUGAAAUUGGUGAGGGAGUUUAGUUGGGUGCCGUGAUGUGGGGAGAUCAGCAAGACAAAUUGGGGCAUAGGUAUAGUGAACAGCGGAAAGGCAUUGCAUUGCCGCUUCACGACAGGCUGGUUUCGAAGGGGAUAUCACGCUUGAGCAUAAGCCUGAGAACGAGCCCUUGCGGCGUUGCAACCCGCAAGGCAACAGGACAUACGAUAGAGAAUAUCGUUCAAUUAUUAUAUCUUAUCAUACCUAACCCAACCCCAUUGCCGUC